AUGUCGUGGAAGGAGAUGAACCCAUGGAUGCGUCACCCCCACCAUCGAAACAUUGUUCCGUUUGACCGAGUGGUCGUUGACGAGCUUGAAGGGCGUAUAGUCGGAUUCACCUGCGACUACGUGCCUGGCGGCAACAUAGAGGAGAACAGGUCUCGCGUUUUCAAAACCAAGUGGCUACAACAACUCAUAAGGGUCGUAGAUGACUUGAAUCUUGUUUAUGGGAUUGCGCAUCAAGAUAUCGCACCACGAAACUUCCUGGUUGACGCGCCGAAAGACUCUAUCAUGCUCUUUGAUUUCAGUUUCGCAGCCCGCAUCGAAUGCCCUUCACCUGGAGAGGGUGAGAGCUACGUCAAGGACCGAAACGAUGUCAAAGGUGUUAUUUUCACCACCCAAGAGAUUAUUACUCAAGAUGAUAAUCUCCGCAGUACUCCUCAUGAAGACCAGAACCUCGGUAACCUCGGGUCAAAAUGGGUGAAGCAUCUGGAGAUAAAGCUAGACUAUCCAGUCGAAUCAUAUCAACUUAUGUUGAAGGAAUGGCGGGAACGACGGGAAAGAGACUUUCACUCAAGCAACGUUUCAAGGCCUAUUGAAUGGCCGGCAAUGUCCAAGCCACCGCAGAAGAUCAUUUCUUUAAAAACUGUACAAGAGGAGAUGACCUCUGUCAUAGUGGAUAACUGGUAUAAGAGGCGGCAAGAUAUCUGGGAUAGAGGCGAUAAGGUAUUAAACUGGGAACGACCACCGCAGAGGCUGAUAGACAACGGGAUUCGGGUGCUCUCCAGCGACGAGAUAGUCAAUUGCUACCGUAAGGGUGUGGUAGUCCAGGAGGUCAGGAAAAAUGCAUAG